GCUCAUAAUCAAUCAACAGAAGGUCUAAAAAAAUCUUUGAGUGUAUUAGAAAAGAUCUUGUUAAAAAAGACCUACUUAGUUGGUGAACGUGUUACAUUGGCCGAUAUUUCAGUCGCUACUGCUCUUUAUUUGCCUUUCAAACUGGUGUUGGAUACUAAGUUCCGAGAAGGUUACAAGAAUCUUACCCGAUGGUAUAAGACAGUUGUCAACCAACCAGCUUUUAAAAAAGUCUUGGGCGAAGUCAUUCUGGCGGAUGUUGCGCAUGAAUAUACCCCACCCAAAAAGGAAAAGCCCAAAAAAGAAACCAAAGCUUCUGAAGAAAAAAGCAAUAAAAAAAAAACAGAAGCUCCUGAUGAUGAUUUAGAAGAGGAGGAAGAAAAACUCGCGCCUAAACCAAAGAGCAAGCUGGAUCUAUUGCCUCCCAGCAAGCUAAACUUGGAAGAAUGGAAACGUUUCUACUCUAACAAUGAUACUCGUCCAGAUGCUAUUAAUUGGUUCUGGGAACAUUAUGAUCCGGAAGGAUAUUCUAUUUGGCGUGUGGACUAUAAAUAUAAUGACGAAUUGGCAAAAGUCUAUAUGAGCUGUAACCUUGUCGGUGGCUUUUUCAAUCGUUUAGAACGAGCGCGCAAAUAUGCAUUCGGAAGUUUGGUGGUGUUGGGCGAAGGUGAG